UAACUGGGCACCGCCACCCCAGCCCGCUCGGCAUGGCUGCGAGAGAGGAGCUGUACAGCAAAGUCACCCCCCGGAGGAACCGCCAGCAGCGCCCCGGCACCAUCAAGCACGGAUCGGCGCUGGAAGUGCUGCUCUCCAUGGGGUUCCCCAGAGCGCGCGCACAAAAAGCCUUGGCAUCCACAGGAGGAAGAAGUGUUCAGGCAGCAUGUGACUGGUUAUUCUCCCACGUCGGUGACCCCUUCCUGGAUGAUCCCUUGCCCCGGGAGUAUGUCCUCUACCUCCGCCCCACUGGCCCCUUAGCGCAGAAGCUGUCAGACUUUUGGCAACAGUCAAAGCAGAUCUGCGGGAAGAACAAGGCACACAACAUCUUCCCCCACAUCACCCUCUGCCAGUUCUUCAUGUGUGAGGACAGCAAGGUGGAUGCCCUGGGGGAGGCCCUGCAGACCACUGUCAGCCGCUGGAAGUGUAAGUUCUCAGCCCCACUGCCCCUGGAGCUCUACACCUCCUCCAAUUUCAUUGGUCUCUUUGUGAAGGAAGACAGCGCCGAGGUCCUCAAGAAAUUUGCUGCUGACUUUGCUGCCGAGGCUGCGUCCAAAACCGAAGUGCAUGUGGAACCUCACAAGAAGCAGCUGCAUGUGACCCUGGCCUACCACUUCCAAGCUAGCCACCUCCCCACCCUGGAGAAGCUGGCCCAGAACAUUGAUGUCAAACUUGGAUGCGACUGGGUAGCAACCAUAUUCUCUCGGGAUAUCCGAUUUGCUAACCAUGAGACAUUGCAGGUCAUCUACCCCUACUCCCCGCAGAAUGACGACGAGCUGGAGCUGGUCCCAGGGGACUUUAUCUUCAUGUCACCAAUGGAGCAGACCAGCACCAGCGAGGGCUGGCUCUACGGCACUUCCUUAACCACCGGCUGUUCUGGACUCCUGCCUGAGAACUACAUUACCAAGGCCGAUGAAUGCAGCACCUGGAUAUUUCAUGGUUCAUACUCCAUCUUAAAUACAACAUCAUCCAGCUCUCUCACCUUUGGGGAUGGAGUAUCGGAGAGGCGGCAGUAUGAGGACCAGGGACUGGGAGAGACGACAGCCCUCACUAUCAUCUGCCAGCCCAUGCAGCCUCUCCGAGUCAACAGCCAGCCCAGCCCCCAGAAGCGAUGCCUUUUUGUGUGUAGGCAUGGAGAAAGGAUGGAUGUUGUGUUUGGGAAGUACUGGCUGUCACAAUGCUUUGAUGCCAAAGGCCGCUACAUACGCACCAACUUGAACAUGCCCCAUAGCUUACCUCAGCGGAGUGGUGGCUUCCGAGAUUACGAGAAAGAUGCUCCAAUCACUGUGUUUGGUUGUAUGCAAGCAAGACUAGUGGGGGAAGCAUUACUGGAGAGUAACACCAUCAUCGACCACGUCUAUUGCUCCCCAUCUCUGCGCUGUGUUCAGACGGCACACAAUAUCUUAAAAGGUUUGCAACAAGAAAAUCACCUGAAGAUCCGUGUGGAGCCAGGCUUAUUUGAGUGGACAAAAUGGGUUGCUGGGAACUCCUUGCCUGCCUGGAUAGCACCAUCGGAGUUAGCGGCGGCCAAUCUGAGUGUUGAUACAACCUACAGACCUCACAUUCCAGUCAGCAAGUUAGUGGUUUCGGAAUCCUAUGACACUUACAUCAGUAGAAGUUUCCAAGUAACAAAAGAAAUAAUAAGUGAAUGUAAAAGUAAAGGAAAUAAUAUUCUGAUUGUGGCCCACGCAUCUUCCCUUGAAGCAUGCACCUGCCAGCUUCAAGGCCUGUCACCUCAGAACUCCAAGGACUUUGUGCAAAUGGUCCGUAAGAUCCCAUACCUGGGCUUUUGCUCCUGUGAAGAGUUAGGAGAAACUGGAAUAUGGCAGCUGACGGACCCACCCAUCCUUCCUCUGACCCAUGGACCAACGGGGGGUUUCAACUGGAGAGAGACAUUGCUGCAAGAAUAAACUAGCUGCGUGCAUAAGAAGAGGAGGACUUUUGAAGUGUCUUCUAGCGUGUAACGGUGGAAAUUCCAUACCACAUUCUAAGUGAACAGCUCAGAGUGAUUUAGCUUAUUUCUUUUCAUUCUUCCAGUUCCUAGGAUGAGACUGUGCAAUUGAGAGAAAGACUUGAUUUGGGGCGGGGUGGGGAAUAAAUCAAGCUCUCUGGAUCCUUGUUUAGCUCACAAGGCUCUGGACAACUGUCUUCCUGAACUGGGGCAGCCGCUGGAGCGGGAGGUGCCUUGUUGCUUCUGUCUCUGUACAGCGUAAGAGCCUCACUGCCCCCCAAAGGAGCUGCCAUCCCACUCUGGAGGAAGCCCCAGGGAGGGGAGGGGGGCAUCCAAAUCCAGCUGGGGGAACCUGAGCUGCACUUUGUGGAGGGCACUUUCUUUUGAACUCUAGCUUCCAGUUCGGCAAAGUCAAGCUGAGGAGUCUUCCUAAGGUUAUUAGGAAACAUGCCAUGCACAGAGAUGUCCAUGGGUUACAAAUUAGUCUUAUCCUCAGGAGACUCCGUAUAGCUGCUUUGCUGGCUCAAGACACCUGCUUGAUGAGUCUGAUAGCUACCCUGAUGCCACCACAUUUUCUUCAGAGUAAUUGGCACUUCUUGCUACAGUCCUCCCCCUUUUGCUUCUUUGAAAUGGACAAAGCAUUUUUAUCCCUCCAAGGUACUUUGGACAAUCAGGAGGAAUAUCAGAUAAAGGUGUGAAACAGUCCAUGGUAGGUGCAGAGAACUUGCGAAGCAUAAAGAGAUUUGGAAUUAACCUGUGUUGUAGCUAAUCAGGUACAGCAUCUCUGAGAUCUGAGGUUUGCUUUUCUGUGCCCCUAGAUGUAUACUAUGUUACCAAACUAAGAAUGCCAACAUUUGGAAAGGAUGUGUGUUGGAAGCGUGAUUUGGGUCAGCAAGAAGCUGCUUCU